CGACGGUGGUGUUGACGGACAUGCGCAGUGAGUGAAUCCACGUCAAGUUGUUUUGGUGGAGUUGAUGUUUGUUUCCUUGAUGUGGGAAUCUUCACAACUCUGACCUGAGCUGGUGUUUCUGGCAGCAAGCACAAUGUCUUGGCUGUCAGCAGUUACAGGUAAAGCUGAAGACUUCCUUAACAAACUUGACCGGUCGGCAGCAGAGGCAUUUCAUGUAGAACAUGAGACUGGAGGCAGUCCAGUGUCUGUGUCACAGCCUCAGACCAGCAAAGAGCAGCUUUUCAUCAGUCGUGAUGCUAGAGGCCAGUUGCCUCCAUCACAAAGUGUACCAUCACGGCUCGUGGAGCUUCAAGCACAGGCUGACAGGCCUACUAAGGGACUGGGAAAAUCUGGUGGGGUUGUAGCUCCCAAAGGAGGUCACCAGAGCAGCAUAACUACAAAUAAACCUGUUAACCCCAAGAAAUCAGAUUCAGAUGAGGCGCUGUUCAACUUCCUCAACAGCAAAUCACCAGCAGAAGAAAGGAAGAAGCUUGGAACACCAGUGAGCAGCAGGCAGCAUUCUCGCCAGUCAAGUACAUCAUCACUUCGUGGAGGAGCAGCAAAGGCCCCAGAAGUCUCCUCUGAUGUAGGCAGUAAUGCUACAGGAAACCUAGAAAACCUGAAGUUCUCUGAAAAUUCCACAACAGAUGUAGAAGUGCAGCUGACUGUCAGCGAGAGAGCCCCACCAAUUCUAAUGCCUCUGCAGAUCUUGAGGCACUAGCUGAUGCCAUGCAAGAAAGUCCAGUUGCCAGUGACGACAAUGGCCAUGAAGCAGACAUUCACGAGAGUAGUGACACACGUCUCUCCUCCCUUGAGCUGGAAAAUAGACUGCUUCGCAAUGAAAUUGCCUCCCUUAAUCAAGAAAUGGCGUCUGUGAUACAACGAGCAAAAGAUUCACAAACAGAACUGGUUAAAACCAAAGAAAAGAUGGCAGAGUAUAUGAAUUCAGCAUCUCUGCAUGAUCAGUUGGUACGAGAGCUUCAGGCAAGGGAAACAGACUUGCAAGAGGCAUUGAGAGCCAAGGACUCACAGCUGGCAGUGCUGAGAGUGAGACUUGAAGAAUCAGACAGAGUCAUUACAGAGCACAAGCGAGAAACUGAGAACUUGCAGACAGAGAGGGACAGAAUAUUGAAGGACCAGUCCAGUGUUAGUGGGAUGCACAGCCAAACAUUGGAUACAAUGCGGCACAAAUUGUUGGAAAUGGAAAAUGCUCGAACUCGUGAGCAGCAAACCCAUAAAAAAUACCAGCAAGAAACUAGUGAACGACAGGGCCGCCUGGAGCAGGAACAGAUGGCACUAGCUGAUGCUCUGACAUCAGCAGAAAAAAAACUUGCAGAAGAAAAAGGCAAAGCAUCAGAGGCCUACAGUCAGUUAAAGACAGUCAAAGCCACGCUGGACGCCACACGGCUGGAGAUGGCUGAAUAUAAAGAGAAGGCCUCUCGUAUACUGCAGUCAAAAGAACGACUUAUUGCAAGUCUACGUGAGGGCUCUGGAGUAUCUGGCAUCACAGAGGGAGUUUCAAGUCUUGAGUAUGACUCAAUGAAGCAGGAGCGGGACAUGAUGCGCGAGGAGUUGCAGCAGUCCAAGAUGACGCUAGAUCACCUUCGGAUGGAGAUCCAGGAUCUGGAGGUGCAGCUUCAGCAAGAGAGUGAUACAGCGCAAGACACAAUCCGAUCGCUAGAGACCAGCCUGGCUGAGGAGAAACACAGACGGCAGGAUGUGGAGCAGGAGCUUUUGAGUCAAAAGCAGGAGCUGCAGUAUGCUAUAGAUGAGCUGCAUCGACACAAGGUGGCUUUCCAGACCCGCAUCUCAGAUAGAGAGGCAGAGAUUGAGAGGCUCAGGAACCAGCUGACAACAAAAAGUAUCAGUUCCACAUCAGAGAGUGAGCUUGAGUCCCGAGUGCGUGCUCUGACAGAAAGCCUGAUACAGAAACAGACCAUCCUGGAGGCCCUCAGCACAGAAAAAAACUCACUGAUUUUACAGCUGGAGAGACUUGGGCAACAAUACCGUGAUGUGGAGAAUUCACUGAUGCGGUCAACCAUUGCAUCUGUCAACACAGACCAUGAUGAUGACGUUCGACAGCGGUUGCCGACAUUCAUGCGUGAAGGAGCAGCAGACACAGAAGUGACCAGGAGAAUGAAGCAUUAUGUCAACACCAUUGACAAAUUCAGCAUUCGACUGGGCGUGUUCCUGAGGCGAUACCCAAUAGCGCGAGUAUUUGUCAUUGUGUAUAUGGCCUUGCUUCAUCUGUGGGUGAUGAUUGUUCUGAUGACCUAUCAGCCAGAGAUCCAUGGCAAGGACCAUCUACCCGAUCACCGUUGACCUUUCCCUUCUCUUGGCGCCCUUGGGUUUCACCUUGCUGGCGUGCUGAAUGAACACUCCAGCUUUCUCUUCUUGGGAAUCCCCAGUGCCGUUUUAUCUUCUCGUUGAAGAGAUUUAUUUUGCACUAAAUGGGGGAUUUUAACAAGGAUUUAUCUAGUUAGUCAGCCAGUGGCAGUUUUGUUUGAUACACUUGUACAUGAUGUGGGGAAGUAAUGGUUGCUGUUGCACCUGGAACUGAGACUUAUUCCUGGGCCUGUGUUUUUGUAGUUGUAUACUUCUGUGCUGGCUUUGUAAUGUGAUUAUGUUUCCUUAUUUGUUGAGGUGAGAAAAUAAAGACAUUAAUACAAAGCAAAAUGUAUUUGUUAGUGAGGCUUCCUUGAAUGAUUCUUCGCUUAAAUAUUCCAGCAAUCAUCUAUUUUUGGCUGUUAUACAUUUAAUAUCUUCCUGAUGUAAGUCACACUUUGUUCUGCAUUAAUUAGCCAGGGCUUUGUAGCAUUUGCCACAGGUCUGUCACGUAAAAGCAAGUUAUUAUAACAUUACUUCUGUAGCAGGUGGAUAACAAGACAAGUGAUGACACUUAUAUUUUAGAUUAGCUUUGGUACUAGACAAGACAUGCAGGCGGGACACAGGACUGCAAAUUGUCAUGCGAUUCAAAGAGAAAGGGCAAAAAUUGUCAAUCACAAAAUCAGCCUUAAUAUCAUUUUUACGCAAAACAUUGAAGAUAGGAAAAUGGUUGUGGACAAAGCUAGACAAGUCAGUUUGAGGUGUUAGCCAUGCUGGAGGUGGUUCUUGCAGGUCUGCUGUGCGCUGGUAUAUGGCUUGCUGCACUCAGCAGUUGUGUGGUUUUCAAGAUGACCAUAUGCGGUGAGGUCCUUGGUUUCUCCACACUGGGACGUCAUUGCAAGGCUCUAUGCCAAUCUUUUAGGAUGGAUUUUUACAUGGUUGUAGUGACACCACAAGAAAACAUUGUUCAUAGUGUUCUUUAAUCUAUUGAUGAAGUUUGAAUUCAUUACAUGUUUGUGGAUAUGCGAUUGUGAAAUAAGCAUUGCUAUGUGUGUGUGUGCGCGCACAUGUGAAUGGAGAUGUUUUUGCAUGCAUGUAGGUUGUGUGGAUGCAUGUACGUAUGGAUGCAAGUUGUGGGUGCAAGUGUAAAGUAAUAGUCCAGCACUCAUGUUUUUUUAAUGCAAGUGGGGAUAUGUUCACAAAAAUAAAAACUUGUCAGUUUUUGUGGAGAAAUAAAUGUGGCAAACUAAUACAA